AGAGCCGUAAUUCCCAUCACUACAGUGAACGGAAACAGUUUAGAGUAGAGGAAACUGUCUUUCGCGGGCCGCCAUCUUGGCUCGUCCAGCGCGUCAGCUUGACUGGAGCUGCUGCUGCGGCCGCAGAGCCGUAAUGGAGUAGUUUCACAGUGACGUGCUGGCUGCUGCAGAUGUAACACUGAUCAUGUGAUGUUUGUUUACUUCCGCCUGAACCUCGACAGCACGUGUAGUGAAAGUACGUCCUCUGUGUUGCUACUAGAGGUCAUGGCUGCCUCCGACUCCACGAACCCGUUCAGCCCAGAGGAGACCCGGAGGAUCCUGCAUCACCUGCAGCAGCCAGCAGUCUUCAGGAACAUGACGGGAGGCUGGCCGGUUCUCCGCUGGACUGCUGAGCAUCUCUCUGACCGCCUCGGAGACAAACUGAUCCGGUUCAGACUGGGGAGGAAAGAGGAGACCAACACUCCUCUGUUUGAGACCCAAUGCUCCUACGUGGAGGCCAGACUGGACCAGUUCCUGAGCUGGACCCGGGACCAGACCGGGACCGACGUAGGACCUUUCUGUGAUUACCCAACCUCAGAGUACUGGGCCUACGCCGACUACAAGUACAUCGCUGUGUUGUUUCAAGAUCAGCCGUCCAUGUUUCAGGAUGUCAAAUGGUCCCAGUUUGGUUUUGAGGGACGUGACGGGAGAGAGAGCACGCUGUGGGUCGGCACGGAGGGCGCCAACACGCCAUGUCACCUGGACUCGUACGGCUGUAACCUGGUGCUGCAGGUACAAGGACGGAAGCGCUGGCACCUGUUCCCUCCGGAGGACACCGCUAACCUCUACCCGACCAGGAUCCCCUACGAGGAGUCCAGCGUCUUCAGCCAGGUGGACGUCCUCCGCCCGGACCUGAGCAGGUUUCCUGCUUUUCCUGGAGCCAGAGCCCACGUGGUCACCCUGCAGCCGGGACAGGUUCUGUUCGUCCCCAGACUCUGGUGGCACUACGUGGAGUCUCUGGAUCACGUCACCGUCAGCGUCAACUCCUGGAUGGAGGCGGAGGAGGACGACGUGGCCAGAGUCGGUGAAGCUGUGACCAAGGCCGUCGUCUGCGCCCUUAAGAGAGACGACGACACCGACGACUGGCUCAAUCCUACCGAGGACGGCGUGGCGUCCCACAACGACAACAUGCUCUGUGUGAACCUGGCAGUGAGAGCUUGUGCUCAGAGACACAGCAACCUGACCCGGGAGGACCCGAGAGACGCCCGCCGUCCGCUCAAACGGGACUCCAGAGGACACGUCAGGAAAGACAGGGACUCCUUCAGGGUCCCCUUCGGACCUCAUCUCAGUCCGGUACGCUGUCAGCAACGAGAAGACGAGGACUCGCCGGAAACUACAAAAGAUCUGGAGGUCAAAUCAGACGCGGCGCCGAGAGCCGAGCGUGCAUCUGCUGAUGGUUUAACUCAGCGUAGAUCAUCAUGUGACUCUUCAGAGGAUUAUGAGGAACCAACGCUCACCACUAAUGAUCUGCUGGCCUGCCUGGUGCAUCCUGACGUCAUCGCCCGCGUCACGGAGCUUCUACUGGAAAGACACGCAGGAAGUCACAGCACCGCGACGCCAUCGUAGCUUCAAUAUUCACAACAUUUAAUACGCCCGGAUCGACCCCAAGCUUUUCUACUACUCAUUGAUAAAGAGAUGUAGGGAUGCACCAAUACUGUGUCCGAUACUGUGCUCAUGUACUCGUACCCGCAAAACGGCUCUGAUACAAACAGCACCGUGACGUUAACCUCUCGUAACCAUCUUUCGGGUCCUAUCGCACGCGCUCACGCUCCACCUCCCCGACGGGUCGGGUGGGUUGCAGACAUCGCCGCAGACCCCUGGCGCCUUUUACGUGGGCCGAGCCCCGCCCUGGGGGCACAACGCGGUCAGGGCACACUAAGGACGGUCCACCGCUUUGUCCGCGGCCCCGGGAAGCACCUUCACCCCGAGCCUUUCCAAGCCGACCUAGAGCCGGUGACGGCGCACCGCCUCGUAUGCGGGACUCCCCAGCCUACCGUGUGUCGCUCACACCCUCCAGCUGGCUGUUAACGAGGCUCUUUAGGCACAGAGAAGUACUCGUAUCGGUACUCGGUAUCAGAGAGUACCCAGAUGUAAGUACUUGUACUCGGUCUGAAAUAAAGUGGUAUCGGUGCAUCCCAACAAGAAGGUGUGAAACAUGUCCAUAAAGUGGAGAAACACGGGAGUAUUGUUGCCCCGGGAGGAAACCGGGAGAGGGCGAUGAAAAGUAUCCUCUCUCUGAGAUGAACCCCGGAUGCGAGGAGUCGUAAUGUGACGAGUGACGUAAUCGAGCCGCUCUAACGUUUCCUCGUCUUGUCGUCCUGUAACAUACUAAUCCUGUUUGGUUCCUCCAGAGGAAGAGAAAUGGCCACUUAAAUCAAUUUGGUAUGCUAAUAAUCCCCAUAACUCAAGAUAAUACUGCUGAGAUGUGACCAUUUGUUUUCUCUGUAAUGUUUCCUCGUCGGUGGACGACCUCAGCCGGCUGACGGUAAUACAAAUAAAGAUUAUUAUAACGCUGCGGUGAUGGAUGCUGCAGCUCACACAUGGACCAGAAUAAUAAAUGUUAUAUUUGA